AGUCAGUCAGUGUCUCAAGUGAAGGAAUGAGAAUAACACGCACAAUGGUUUAUUGUACAACAAUGAACGAAAAAACAUUGAAAACAAAAUAAAAGAAAGUCGAAUCGCGAUUUUCGAUCUUUGAAUAUUGAAUAGUGGCAACGCAAGCAAUCGAAUUUUAUUCAUGCUUUUAUUUCUUUAUCUAAACAAUUGUCUAAGAUAAACAAAUGUGUCUUGUGUGUGUCAGAUCUGCAUUUAUCGUAAAUGAGUAAUCAGUGUAUUUUUAGUAUUGAAAUAUCGAAUUUAGGAGAGAAUAAUCGUCACAAAUUGCAAAAAAAACACGUAUUCCCAGUUAAACAGUGCUGAUCGAAGCAAAUAAUCAACUUGUAUAAUUUGUUUGAAAGUAAAUUACGAAACAAAAACUAUUUAGUUCACAAAAAAAUGAAAAUCAACGAGAAGAAUUUGUGUUAUUUUGCGACAUCGCCGCCAAUCGAUCUAGAGGGCUGGCUUCAGAAGCGUGGUGAAGUGAAUAAAUCAUGGCAACGGCGAUAUUUUGUACUUAAAGGCAAUUUACUGUUCUACUUUGAGAAGAAAGGUGACCGUGAACCGAUUGGAGUAAUCAUUUUAGAAGGAUGUACAAUAGAACUGGCUGAAGAGGCUGAACAUUAUUGUUUUCAACUUAUAUUCCACGGCAUAAACAAUCGAACGUAUUAUCUGAGUGCAGAGACACAAGAAAUAAUGGAGCAAUGGAUGAGAGCAUUGACGUGUGCCGGUUAUGAAUACAUGAAAUUGAUGGUUGCAGAACUGCAGCGACAGCUGAACGAAAUCGAAAAGUCGAAGGAUUCAACAAAUUGUUCGAUCGAAUCGGUGCCGAAGCCACCGCCGCGACGUAAUCAACGCGAAAAUCCAUUUGAUCGGCCAGCACGACCAGCACCUCCACCUCCAAAAUGUGUAACUGCACCGAACUCAAACCCAAAUACUCAAGCUUCUAACGGUGGUGGGAUGGGUUCCAAAUCGGCAACAUCAUCGUCGUCGUCGUCGUCGUCGUUGCAGCAAUCAUUUGCUAACCGAUCACCGGUCGGUUGUGGUGACCCUCCAUCCAAUCUAACUGCAUCCAGCGACAGUAAGCUGAAAUCUCACACCGAGUUCAAUUUUCAAACGGUGCAUGAGGCCUUUGGCCGUGAAAUUGAGCAAGACCUAAAAGAACGACGACGACUUAAAGAACUAGCACAACAACCAUUGAUUCAAUUCUAAAAUGAAAAUUUAAGUAGUUUUCCCCCCGAUAUAAUAAUAAUAAUGAUAACAGUUACUACCUACUUGAUAUAGCAUAUACUGUAAUGUUAAUGAAUAUGCAAAGCAUGUGAUGGAAUUUUCAAAUUUGGUUGCAUGAUGAUCAUAUAUGUUUCAUUUGCUCUUUUUUUGUAUUUGGUAUUAAAAAUGGAAAUUAGCUUUUAAGGAUGAAUUAUUCUUCUUUUUUUUUCGUUGUAAAAUUUAUUUUCGAAAGAAAAGUCCGUUGUCAAUGAUGCUUGGAUUAUAUUAAACCUGUAACACAAUUGUGUUGCUGAGAAUAGAAAUGGCAAUGCAGUACAGUGUUUGAACUGAAUCGCAGCAUGAAACUUUUUAUGUAGCAUGAAAAAUGGGAAUUUCGAUGGUGGUUUUUUUUGUAUUUUCCGCGAAAAAGAGUCAUCUUCAACAAAUGUCAUUGGUCAAGUUCUAAAACUUCACUGAAUACAUUAACUCAUUAUCGCUUAUCAUUUCCGCAGAAAUGAUAACACAGAAAACCACAUUCGAAAUUCCCAUUUUUUAUACUGCAUGCAUAAAAUUGAAGCGAUGAUUCAUGUUGCGUUUUUAAGAAACAUAUUUCAUGUUGCACUUCAGUUCAAACACUUCUGUAUUCCCAUUUUGUUUAUUAACAACACAAUUCUAUAUCUAAUAACUACAUUAUGAAUGAAUACCUCAUAUCAUCAUUUGCUGUACUUCAUUUAAAAGGGAUCUUGAACAUAAUUAAUUACAAUUUUUUAUAGAAUCGAUACAUAAAAUAGAAUUUAAUGAACAGAAUAAGGCCACAUUGAUGGAGUCGCAUUUUUGAUGUUGAAAUCGUUUCCUUCACAACCAUUCAUCAAUCAUCCAGUUUUAUUUUGUCCAGCGCAUUGUUUUUUUUCUGGAAGCUAUUUACGACAACGAUUCACAGGUUCUACUCCUUUCUUCCCCCCCCAAUAAAAUGAUGUCAAUUGUUGAAAACGAUGCUACCAGCUUUAGGUUCAUUUAAUCGAAACACAGUUGAGAUUUUGAUGCAAAUAUUUUUUUUUCGGGCAAAUGAAUGAAAAAUUUGAUAUGUUGACGAAAUUUAGUUUUUUCAGAAAAUAAAAUUGUAUGAAGGCUAAUAUGACGGGAAAAAAUAAUUAGCUAAAAUAUCUGAAUUUUGAUUUAUUUUCACGAAGUCUCAACUGUGUGUGUGUAGAAUAAAAACAAGACAUGUGACAAGUAAAAUCAUUUCAUGACGAAAAAAUGUAUAUUUAAAACAUAUUGUUAAAACAUGCGGAACAUAAUUUCAGUCUUAUCAACGAAUUUGUUGUCCGAAGUAGACAGUUAUGAGAUCAAUUAAUUUAUUAUCGAUUUGUGAAUAAUAAAAAAAAAACAAAUAAAUUGUAUCAAGGAAUCAUAAAAUGAAAA